CUGUAAUUAUCAAGAGGUCAAUGCACUUUUCGAAUUAUUUUCAGUGAAAAUCUUUCAGAUGUUUAUUUCUUUUUUCACCCACUAACUGACUUUCUCGAGAACCAGGCUGAAAAUAGCAGCAUUUGAAUAGAAGUAUAAGGUUCACCAUCUAUCAAACAAAUCAUGCCACCCAAGAAGAAAGGCAAGAAAUCGGGGAAGAAGGGGAAGCUGGCCAAGAUGACAGAGGAGGAAAGGAUCCUGUACUUGGAGCAGAAGAUGCUGGCAGAGGAAGAGAUGAAGAAGAAAAAAGAAGAUAUGCUCAACCAGUUCUUGAAGGACAAACUUGUCAAGGAAGAAAAGAACACCCGCUUCAACAUGUACAAGAUCACCCACCAGUGGAGGAACAUCAUGCGGGCCGCCAAGUCCAAGGAGCUCAAGAGGGACAUUGAGAUUCUCAGCCAGACCUUCGAGAGGGUCGUGGACCGCAAGGACAGCGUCAUCAAGUCGUUGGCCAAGGAUCUGUCGGAGGCGGAGGAGCAGUACUCCAUGGCCCUCAGGAGCCAUCUGCAAAACAUGGACGCUCUCAUUGACCUACAGAGGAAUCGGCUGGCCAUUCUGAAGUCGGAAUACGACGGUGAGCAAUCCAUCCUGAUGAAGGAGUUCAACAGCGAGCGCAGCUUGAUCAUCGAGCAACACCGACGAGAGGUCAACGAUCUCCAGGACAUUCUGUUUGCCAUGGAGCAGAACAGCAACGACAGGGAGAACGAAGCAAAGCAGGAGUUUCAGAGCCUCCGAGAUGAAAUUAAGAACAAGAAUCUAGAAGAGAAGCACGCCCUGCGCAUCCAGCUGGAGGGUCAAGUGGAAGACCUGUGGAAGCAGUUCCAGCAGGCUCUCAAGAGCUACAAUGAAACCACGGAGGAGAGGAAGGCUCACUUUGAGACCCUGAAAUCCAAAGACGAAAAGAGCGCCAAGGAGAUUGAGAUGCAGAUGAGGAAACUCCAGAGAAUAUCCGACACAAUAGCCCAGCUGAAAGGCAAGAUGGCGCAGAACUCGCGGGACAGCGAGGAGCGCAACAAGGACCUAAGGGAACAGCGAGAGGUCAUCGCUGAGCACUUCCACGAACUCAAGAACCAGAUGAAUCGGUUCAGGGAUAACGAGAGAUCCCGCCUGACCAAGCUGACGCUGGAGAGCAACGCUGCAAUCAAAGAGCUGAAAAGGAAAACUGAUCAGGGUGACAGGAUAGUCAAGUUGGCCGAGCAGUGUCGUAAGAUGGAGACAGAGGAGGAGAAGGUGCUUCCAUUCUACGCUUCCAGCUUGACGCAGGAGGAGCAGGAAGAUGUACAGGCUGCUGUGGCAGAACCCCCAUCAGAACCACUGGCGGAGAUUAUGCAUGAGUACGUCUCACUGGAGAACUUCUGGAAGCGUUACAACAAGGUCCUGCUGGACAAGGUGGCCCUGGACAAGGAGAGGUCCACUCUGCUGGAGGAGAACCGACAGCUGAGGACGGUCCUGAAGCAGUACCUGGAUGGCAUCUCCGUCAACGAUGAGAUACUCAGCCAAGUCAACCCGCUGUUUGUGGUCAACCAGCGCACCAACGUCCAGUUGUCUGUACCUGUGAUGGACCCCAGAAUCAAGAGACCGACCCAGACAGUAGUGGAAGCGGCCCAUAUCAUCAAGCACACCAUAUAGAAAUCCCCCAUGUUUGUUCUGAACCUCAAAGUGAAGAUGGCCACCCAGUGAGACUUGACCAUAAUCAUCUAGCACACCAUAUAACCCCCCCCCUUGCUCAGCUUCCUGUUCCACAGAGUUUGAAAAACCCAUAUGGACAGUGUUUGCAGUGGUCCAUAUCAUCAAGCACACCAUGUAAACCCCCUGGCUUUCUGACCAAUCAGAGAGCAAAAGAGGUCAUGUGGUCUUAACUUUCACCCAAUGAGAUGCUGGAUGUUAGGACAUUGUGCAUUACAUUCUUUACUUCCAACCCCCCCCC